AUGACAAUCUGUGGCUAUUCGGCCGACAACGCCGGGGUCGGCCCUCUCCCAAGCCGAGACCCUCCGGAAGCCGGCGAGGACGACUGGCCCUUGAUAUCGCUCGAAAAGUCUCCUACCACCCGCUCGUGCCCCGAGCAGGAACAGGUUAUGCAAGUGUCGUGCCUGUGCAGCGAAGAUCUGAGGGGCGAGCUGAUUGUCGUCUUUGGCAACGGUCCCGGCACCAACGCACCGGCCGUGCUACUGGGCGUCUCCACCGGCGACCGCCGUUCUGAACCGCCCGUCUUUGCCGACCUGUGCCGACCGGGGUGGGCUUUGGCGUCCUGGGACGAGCUCGAGGUGCGAUCUUGUCGAAUGCAUGUCCGUCACUGCAAACAAUUAUCUGAACAAUCUGGCCGGUGA